CAUUUUACACUUUUUUUAAUAAAGCAGCUACUGAAUAGUGAGUAUUGAGCGCAUGACCGGGGCUCGAGCCCGACCAGGCCGGUAUAACGGCAGCUGCAGAUAGCUCUUAGGCUUAAUCACUACGUAGUAUAAAAUAAAAUGGUGGGGGUUCCGCGAUUAGGCUGUCACCUCGCUCACAUCACUGCUUACGGUACUCUCUGUACAAAUUUCAAAUCCCUUCAAAAUCACUCAUAUUUUACUCCAUCAAAUUAUAUUCAGGAAAUCAAACGCUUCUCGAUCUCAGGCUCAGCUACAGUUUCAAUAAUGGCUUCUGCUGCUAAAAAGGUUUUGGUUCCGGUGGCGAACGGGACGGAGCCGAUUGAGGCGGUGGUGCAAAUAGACAUACUGCGGAGAGCUGGAGCCGAAGUUACGGUGGCUUCGGUGGAGAAUGAGCUUCGAGUCGAUGCCCUACACGGAGUUAAGAUCGUUGCAGAUUCGCUCAUUUCCGAUUGCGCCGAUACUGAGUUUGACCUCCUCUCUCUUCCGGGAGGGAUGCCUGGUGCAGCUACCCUUAGAGACUGCAAAACUUUGGAAAGCAUCUUCAGAAAACAUGCAGAAAGCAAACGGUUAUAUGCGGCAAUUUGUGCCUCUCCGGCAGUUGCACUUGGUCCGUGGGGACUGUUGAAGGGCCUUAAGGCAACUUGUUAUCCAUCAUUCAUGGAGCAACUUUUGCCUGCUGCAAAUGCUGUCGAUUCAAGAGUGCAGGUGGAUGGAAAUGUUAUCACAAGUCGUGGACCAGGAACUGUCAUGGAGUAUGCUGUUGCUCUGGUUGAGCAGUUGUAUGGAACAGAAAAUUGUAAUGAAGUUUCAAAGCCACUGGUAAUGCGCUCUAAUCACGGUGAUGGAUAUACAUUUACUGAACUCAAUUCAGUAAAUUGGACAGUUACUAAUAACCCACAGAUACUGGUACCCAUUGCCAAUGGAUCUGAGGAGAUGGAAGCUCUUAUUAUUGUUGAUGUACUUCGACGAGCUAAAGCUCAAGUAGUGGUGGCAUCUGUUGAAGAUACACUAGAGAUUGUUGCUUCUAGGAAAGUGAAAUUGGUUGCUGAUGUCCUGCUUGAGGAUGUUGCCCAGAGUACAUAUGAUCUGAUUGUCUUGCCUGGUGGGAUUGGUGGUGCCCAGGCAUUUGCAAACUCAGAAAAAUUGGUCAACAUGUUGAAAACCCAAAGAGAAUCAAACAAACCGUAUGGAGCAAUAUGUGCUUCCCCUGCCCUAGUCCUUGAACCACAUGGUUUGCUCAACGGUAAAAAGGCUACCGCUUUUCCAGCAUUGUGCAAUAAGCUCUCAGAUCCAAGUGCAAUAGAGAAUAGGGUGAUAGUUGAUGGUUAUCUCAUCACAAGCAGAGGGCCAGGAACUACAAUGGAAUUUGCACUGGCCAUUGUGGAAAAGUUCUUUGGACGCAGUAAAGCCCUAGACCUUGCCAAGGGGGUGGUUUUUGUGCAGCAGUAAAGCUAGUAGGUGUCUUUAUGUUGUUUCUGUUUUAUGACAACUACCAUUGCACAGAUGAUAUCCAGUUCAGUGUAAUAAAAGCAUACAAAAGAG